UUUAAGGUGACCAUCAAGUUUGCUUCGAAGCCAGACUUACAUCAUCUGCGUCAGUUUUUACAGAGCAGGCAACUUGAUGCUCCUCAAGAGACAAUUCAAGCACUGGAUGUUGCUCUCAGAGGAGAUCCAUCGGAUAAGUAUACUGUUGUUGGGAGGUCAUUUUUUCACCUCACACUGGGGCGUCCUGGUGAGCUUGCAGAUGGCAUAAUCUAUUGGAAAGGGUACUAUCAAAGUUUGAGGCUAAUUCAGUUAGGGCUUUCUCUUAACAUUGAUGUUUCAGCAAGGGCUUUUUAUGAAACUAUAAGGGUAUCUGAUUUCGUUUUCAAAAACUUUAAUGUGAGAGACGAUCUAAGGCCAUUGCAUGAUCAAGUCCGGCUCCAGCUAAAGAAAAAUUUGAAAGGGGUUAAAGUAGCAUGCAGUCAUUUGCAAAAUACAAGGACUUAUAAGAUUACUGGGAUAUCGACAGAGCCACUGAACAAAUUAAUGUUUACUCUUGAUGAUAAGAUGACACAGAUUUCAGUUGCUGCUUACUUUCAAGACAAGUACAAAAUCAAACUCAGAUAUGUGACAUGGCCUGCUCUGCAAGCAGGAAAUGCAGCAAAGCCUAUUUACUUACCCAUGGAGGUUUGUACAAUUGUUGAGGGGCAAAGAUACUCUAAGAAACUCAAUGAAAGGCAAGUAACCAAUCUAUUGAGGGCAACCUAUCAAAGACCAAACGACAGGGAAGAAAGCAUUUGGCGAAUUGUUAAGCAGAACAAAUACAGUGAUCAUGAACUUGUCCAGGAUUUUGGAAUUAGUGUUGUAAACAAUUUGACAAUGGUUGAUGCUCGAGUUUUGCCUCCACCAGUGGUAUUUUUCUAA